AUGGUAGAAUCUGAUUGUUCACCGUCAGAGGCUCAUCGCUUUCUGUCAUUUCGGGGCUCUUGGGAACCGGUUUCACACAGGGAUAUUGAAGUUGCAGAAUAUCUCAUGGAUCGGAAACUUCACCUCUCAGCACUGGAGUACUAUUUCGAACAAUUGGAACGUGGAAAGAAGAUCAACUUGUUACAUAAUUUUUUCACUGAUGCAAGUUCACUCGAUGCAUCUGGUCCUCAGUUGAACGAGGAAGGACCAUUUGCCAUCGCCGCCUAUCGAAGUGUAUCCACAUUGGACUCUGUCGAUAUCGGACGGGCCUCUGAUGAUGGAAAUAGUUUGGAGGACAAGUUAAAAGUUUUGGAAUAUGAACUGCGGAAGAAAAACGAAGAGAUUCAAAGUUUACGUAACGAAUUGACCACUAUCACUGUGGGUCAUGCUGUCGAGGAAGGCUGUCAGUUGACCAAAUCAAGUCAGAAUGCUUGA